AUGACUACCUACUUCAUUGCUGGCGCCUCCAGAGGUAUCGGCCUCGAGCUCACCAAGCAACUUAGCAGCGACAAGAACAACACCGUUAUCGCAUCCUACCGUUCCUCUGCCCCAGAACUCCUCGAGCUCGCCAAAGAAAAAAAUGUCAAGACUGUUGUACUUGAUGUGAACGACCAGGAUUCGAUUGAGAAAUUGCCAGGCCAGCUGGCUGGCGUCACCAUCGACGUUGCCAUUCUCAACGCUGGUAUUGCUCGCAGUUUCCUGCCUGUCGCCCAAACCCCUAGACAGCUGUGGCUUGAGCACUUCACUACCAAUGCACUUGGCCCUGUCAUGGUGUUCCAGCAAAUUCAGCCGCUGCUCGCAGCCGGUGCAAAGGCCGUGUUCAUCUCCUCUGCCGCCGGUUCGAUCCAGGGCUUCCUCCCUAUUCCAACGAGUGCCUACGGUGCAUCCAAGGCUGCUCUCAAUUUUGCUGUUAAGAAGCUCAGCGAGGAGAUUCCUGAGAUCACUUUCCUUGCGAUUCACCCCGGAAUGGUCGCUACGGACAUGGGUGAGGAGUCCAUGGACACCAUUGCAAACGGUAACGAGCAGCUGAAGGCAAUGCUCCGGCAGGGGACUAUUCGCCCAGAGACCAGUGCGGGAAACAUCAUUAGAGCUUUCUUUGCUCCGUCCAAGUCCGGCCGCUUUAUCAGAGCAGAUGAUACAAUGGAUAUUCCAUUCUAG